AUGGGCUCUGUUGACGUUCCAAAGCAGCAGAGAGCCGCCGUGAAGGUUGGCAGCGGCAGCGAUGCGAAGGCUCCGUGCAAGGACGUUGAGGUCCAAAUGCCCGAGCCUCACCAAAUCCUCAUCAAGAUCAACUGGACUGGCCUCUGCGCCUCGGACAAGUCUCUGCUUCACGAUGAAUGGGCGGCCUUUGGAGUCGCAAUGCAAGAUGCCACAAAGGGCAUCGCAGGUCACGAAGGGGCUGGUGUCGUGGUCGCUGUAGGAGAUAAUAUGCAACAUAAGUGGAAGGUUGGUGACCGUGCAGGUAUCAAAUGGGCAAAGCCGGAGACUAACGUGAACAGAUGCGGCGAGUGCGAGUUCUGCACAAACGGCACGGACGAACUGCACUGUCCCAAGCAGCUCAACGCCGGCUUCACUGCCGCUGGAACAUUUCAGCAGUAUGCCAUCAGUGACGGGCGCUAUACCACCAGGCUUCCGGACGGGGUCAAGGAUGAAGAGGCCGGCCCGAUCAUGUGCGGCGGCGUUACGGCGUACACAGCUUGCAAGAGAAGCGCCGUAAAACCAGGUCAAUGGAUCGUGUUGCCGGGAGCCGGUGGCGGGCUGGGCCACUUUGCAGUCCAGUACGCAAAAGCCAUGGGCAUGCGGGUAAUCGCCAUCGACGGCGGCCCGGAGAAGGCAGAGCUUUGCAAGAAGCUAGGAGCCGAAGAGUUUAUUGACUUUACAACGACCUCAGAUAUUGCCGCAGAGGUGACUCGUAUCACAACGUACGGCGCCCACGGCGUUAUCGUUACUGCUGCGACAAAGGAGGCAUAUGCCUCUGCGCCAAACCUUUUGCGACCUGGCGGAACUGUCGUUGCUGUUGGGCUUCCCAAAGACUCUUCCGUUCUGGCUGGAGCACCUCCCAUUCAGCUAUGUCUGAAACGUCUCAAUAUUGUUGGCAGUGUUACUGGUACGCUCAAGGAUGUCGACGAAGCACUUGACUUCACGGCACGAGGUCUGGUUCAUCCGAUCCUGACCAAAGGAACAUUGGACGAUGUCGACAAGUAUUGCGAGCUGAUGAUUGCUGGGAAGCUUGCUGGUAGAGCAGUUCUCAAAGUGAGCUGA